AUGGGGUCCCUUCCAGACCAGGUCGACAGUAAUAUCUGCGCUCUUAUAUUCCCCUUUGGACCCCGAGAUCCGCCGCAAAAUGUGCCCUCCAUAAUGUCGGCCCCUGGAGACUUUGGUCCGUCUCCUCCUGGCGUUGAUCUCUCUGAGAAUCAGAAAUCUCAGAUGCUGGGGGCAGUCAUAGCACUAAUGGUUGUCGGCCCCUUGGCGGUGUUGCUACGGGUGUAUACGCGGCUCAAAACAUCGCAGGCCCAAUUUGGGCUAGAUGAUUGUUUUAUUUCUGCUGCGUUGUUCUCUGCGUAUGGGUCUGGUAUUUGUGUCAUUAUCAGCACUCGAUACAAAAACGGAUGGCACCAACAAGCCCUCACGCACGAUGACUUUACUGUCGUCUGGAAACUCCUGUUCGCGCAAGUCAUAAUCUACGCAAGCACCGUGACAUGCACCAAGACCUCGAUCGUCCUGUUUUACCGCCGCAUCUUCAACCUCCGUUAUUCGCUAUACGCUGCCAUGUUCUUUAUACUGGGUUAUUUCGUCGCUGUCGUAAUCACCAUUGCAGCUGCUUGUCGCCCUUUUCCCUUUUGCUGGGAGCACUAUAUCAACCCCCAAGCCAGCGGCACUUGUAUCGACGUCUCGGAAUUCCUCUUCGCCAGCGGAAUUGCCUCUGUCCUGAUCGACGCGUUGAUCCUGUGUGUGCCAGCUCCAAUUAUCUGGAAAUUGCAAAUGCCCAAGAGCCAGAGACUGGCGGUGACUGGUAUCCUGCUGCUUGGCAGUUUUGUCUGCGUUGCUGGCAUCGUCCGCGUGGUAAUGCUAGCCAGGAACCUCCAUUCCAGCGAUCCCUCCUGGACCAUAGCCCCAGUCUUCGUCUGGUCCUGCGUCGAGCCCUUCAUCGGGAUUGUAUGUGCAUGCCUGCCAACUGUUUCACCCCUCUUCCGUCGGUGGUGGGAGGCUCUCGCACCUCGAAAGUAUAGACCGCACACAGAAGAAUAUGGGCCCGGAGGUGGCAUAUCUGGGAUGCGGUAUCUAGAGCGAGGCAUGUCUCGACGAGAGAGAAGAGGUAUACUCCAUGGCGACGAGGUCGGGCUGACAACUUUCCCCACCUGGCCAGUCCGUCUGUUGCAUAUUCAAGAAAGCAGGGAGAGCAUGGCAGAUCUCAAUGCAAGGAUCCGCGUCGAAGAGGAGGUGACUGUGUCAUGGACUUGA